GAGGAGGACGUGGACUUCCUGGCUAAGUUCUCCAGACUGGUUAAUGGGAUGGGCCAAUCUCUGGCGCUGAGCUGGACCAAACUGGCCAAGGGGGGCGACGUGAAAGACGCCACGGAGACGCUGCGCGCGCUCGAGGCCAAGGUUCCGCUGCUCCUCCAGCUGUUGGUCCACGAGGACGACGACAUCUCGGCUAACGUCGUCGGGUUCUGCUACGACUACCUGCACAUACUCAAACAGGUGAGAGCGGGUGCUAUUUGCAUGUCCAUAGCUCCAGUGUUUACUUUGGGCAAGUCCCAAAUGGCACCCUAUUCUCUCUCUCUAGUGCACUACAUUUUGACUAGAGCCCUAUGGGAAUAUGGCACCCUAAUCCCUAUGGCACCUUAUACCAUCCAGGGUUCUGGGCAGAAGUUGUGCACUAUGAAGGGAAUAGUGUCGUUUGGGACACAGUGUUUUUGCCGGCAUCAGAGUGGAAGGAGAGGGAGCCGCUCUAGACUGUUGAGGUAUCUUUACCGGACAGGAUGGAAACCAUUUUUAAGAAAUAUAAUCUCUAGAACGGGCGUGGACUUGGGAGUCGCCCCUCUGACCGCUGUCGUGUUGACAAGCAAUCCUCAAUGGGGUCAGCGUGGCAGGGUAACAUGACGUAAACUUUGUGUUCAUCUGCUUCAUCUUCCUAAAGGGGUCAGAGUGGCAGGGUACCAUGCGUCAGGUAGGGAGAGGAGGACAGGAGGCCGUUGAAGAGUACUGGGAAUCCGACAAGGUGGAGAGAACUGUCCACGCUAACUAA